AUGAUGCCAUCGCGGAGCGAAAGCAUCAUCAAUGUCGAUAGCGUCAGCUCGAGCGUGGGCGGGGUCGCGUCCCACGCGUACACCAGCUCCAAGCACGCCGUAAUGGGGCUCAUGAGGAACGUGGCCACAGAGCUCGGGCGAUAUGGAAUUCGUGUGAACUGUGUCUCGCCUCAUUUCAUUUUAGCGCCAUUGACGAAGGAGUUCUUCAAAAUCGACGAGAGUGCAGGAGUCCGAGUGUAUUCUAACUUGGAUGGGGGCUUACCUAAAUCCAUUUGUUCUUUGAAGGAGCUCAAGACUCUUGAUGCCUCUAAUUGUGCAUCCUUAGCCUGCAUACCCAGCUCCAUAGGCCACCUAGCAUCUUUGCAGUGCUUGUUAUUAUGGGGAUGCUCCUCGCUGAGAGAAAUUCCCGAUUCUAUCGGAAAGUUGGAAUCAUUGGCCGAACUACAUUUAACAAGGACAGCAGUUGCGGAAUUACCUAGAAGCAUUGGGAAUCUGCAGAACUUAAGGAUCUUGGACAUUUGUCGAAGUCACAUAACAGAAUUGCCUGGUGCCAUCGGAAUGUUGACGAAACUCCUAGAUUUGAGAGCUUUAGGAUGCAAAAAUCUGGAAGGACUACCUAAAAAUAUGGGCGAACUGGUUUCGCUAAACAAGCUUAAUUUAGAGAAGUCGGGCAUUACAAGCUUGCCAGAAAGCAUUUCUAAGCUGUCUUCUGUCCAAAACCUGAGUGUUCGAUAUUGCCAAAAGCUUCGAGGACUGUCAGAACUGCCCUUUGGCAUAACUGCUCUACGUAUCACUUGCCAGGGUCCAGCGUUGCCACAACUUUUCCCAACUAACCCUUCUCAAGAAACUCACUCUUUCUGA